AAGCCGUUUCAGUUGCGAUUCCACGGCACAGCAAUGAGAACUUUGUGGAAAAUUACGGGGCUGCUCGGUCUGAUACUCCUGAUGCUUCAGGCAGCUGAAGCACUGCGAUUGCGCGGCGAACAGCUUCCGGGUCUGGCUGGCAUCAACAGACAUCGGACCAGUGACGCAGCUACGGCCAGGAGUGGCCCUGAGGGACGUGUGACUGGUGGCACGACAGCCGCUGAGGACAGCUGGCCCUCGAUUGUCUCUCUGCAGAAUGUGUACGGCUAUCACCUGUGCGGUGGCGCGAUCAUUGACCAGGAAUGGAUUGUGACGGCCGCCAGCUGUGUGUCGGGCCUGAGGCCACGCAAUGUGGUUGUGGUCACGGGCACCACCGACUGGUGGAGCCUGUACGCCAUUUACUACUUUGUGGACAGCAUCCAUGUGCACUGCAACUUCGACAAGCCGCUCUACCACAACGAUAUCGCCCUGCUGCACCUGUCCGCAGCCAUCGAGUACAACGAGAACACCACCAGCAUCGCCCUGGCCGACAUUGACGAGCUGCAGGAGGGCGAAACGCUGACCUUUGCCGGCUGGGGCAGUCCGACUGCGAGCGGCACCUACGAGCGGUACCUGCAGGAGGCCUCCGGCGACUAUGUGUCGGUGGAGAAGUGCCGCACGGAGCUGGGCGGCACCGAUGACGUGGACCUGGGACAUGUGUGCCUGCAGUUGCCGGCCGGUAAAGGUGCCUGCCAUGGCGACACCGGCGGACCGCUGAUCGACAGCCAGGGUCGUCUCGUGGGCAUCGGCAACUGGGGCGUGCCCUGUGCUCUCGGCUAUCCGGAUGUCUAUGCACGGACCGCCUUCUACCACGAUUGGAUCCGCACCACCAUGAACGGCUGCACCAUCGGCUAGUCCGUCCGGACAUUGGUCACCCAGCCAUAUUACCUAUCAGUUCUUUGCUCUUGAGUGUUAUUGCUGAUUUAAUAAAAAUUAUGGGAUUUUUAUGAGGCCCAGAGUUCUGGGUUUUCUAUGGUCACCCAUGUUUGAGAUUGCAAAA